AGGACGGAAGGGAUGCAGUUUCUCAUGCCUCCUUCUUUGUAGUAUUGCUACUGGCGCUCUCAAGUACACAGCAAUCCGGACCUCCCCCGCCAAGUCCUUCCACAGCUGCCCCAUCCCCAACCCCGUGAACUGCAGCCUGAGCCAGGACACCGAUGCGGCCGACAGGCUGUGCGACGAGAGCCCCACUUCCACGUAUAACCUCUCCAGGAAGACGCACGUCCUCAUCCUCGCCACCACCCGCAGCGGCUCCUCGUUUGUCGGGCAGCUGUUUAACCAACACUUCGAUGUCUUCUAUUUAUUCGAGCCCCUCUACCACGUCCAGUACACCCUGAUCCCAAAGCUGACCCAGAGCAAGAGUACGACGGACAGGUCCCUGGGAGCCGUCGAUCUCCACCUGGAGGAGGGGGACUGCGUGAAGAAGUGCGGUACCUUGAACCUGACGCUGGCCACCGAGUCCUGCAGAGAGCACGGGCACGUGGCCAUCAAAACCGUGCGGGUACCCGAGGUCAGCGACCUCCGGGCCCUGGUGGAGGACCCGCGGCUGAACUUGAAGGUCAUCCAGCUGGUGAGGGACCCCCGGGGGAUCCUGGCGUCCCGGAGCGAGACUUUCCGGGACACCUACCGGCUGUGGAGGAUCUGGGACGGCACCGGCAGGAAGCCGUACAACCUGGACGUGACCCAGCUUACCACGGUGUGCGAGGACUUCGGGAACUCCGUGUCCACCGGCCUCAACCGGCCGCCGUGGCUCAAGGGCAAGUACAUGCUGGUGCGGUACGAAGACCUGGCCAGGAACCCCAUGAAAAAGACCGAGGAGAUCUACGAUUUCCUGGGCAUCCCCAUGGACAGCAACGUGGAACGCUGGAUACAGAACAACACCCGAGGAGACAGGUCCUCCUCCAAACACAAGUACGGGACGGUGCGCAACUCGGCGGCGACGGCGGAGAAGUGGCGGUUCCGGCUGUCCUACGAGAUCGUGGCGUUCACCCAGCACGCCUGCCAGCAGGUGCUGGCGCAGCUCGGCUAACAAAACGCCGGCUCCGAGGAGGAGCUGAAGAACCUCUCCAUCAGCUUGGUGGAGGAGAGAGACUUCCUGCCCUUCUCCUAAGAAAGCCCCGGGGGGGCCCGGUUUUGAUACAGACUGUUUUAACUGUUGCCUUAUUUUAUUUUCUUUCGUUUUGUUCCCUCCCUUUCCCCCCCCCUUCCUCUCUCUUGUCUUUUUCUCUCCAAAAUUUGCACUAAACCUUGAGCGGGAAUCUCAACAGAGUCCAGGGGAAGCGAUUGCCGCCCCUCAACACCUUUCGGACGCAAGAGGAGUCGGGUCUCCAAGCAAGAGCUAGAACUGUGGAUGGGUAACAAUGUUUACAAAACACACAAAAUGUAUAAAGCAACCUUCAAGCUUUCCAAACCGAAGGGUACCUGGGGUACUGUACUUUUGCACUGUUUACUUUUACAAUGUAAGAGGUAAAUAUAAAUCUAAUUUAUGAAUGGUGUCAUCCCCUCCAGAAUAACUCCCCUUGCCCCCGAUGAGCAGGUUAGACCGCAAGCCGAACACGGAACAACCUCCUCGUUUUUGAUCUCGGUGCGACAUGUCUGUCUGUUUAAGUCCUGUUAUUGGGCUGGGCAGUUGGUCAGCUGCUCGUACAUGGUUGUUUGGUAACACCUGUGAUAUUUCUUUGUGCCAAAAACCCAC